AUGAUUUUUACUAUUGAGGAAAUAAACAGGGAUGGGAGACUGCUGCCAAACAUAACACUGGGCUAUAGGAUUCACGAUGACUGUAACUCCCCCGAAAUUGCAACAAAGGCUACUCUGGCUCUGCUGAACGGUCAGGAGAAAACAUACACGGGUCAAGUGUGUGACGGGCCUCUUGAUAUCUCCGGGAUCGUUGGUGGCGCUGGGUCCUCGGUGUCCAUCGCUGUUGCAAGAACAACCAGACCUUUUGGAAUACCACUGGUCAGCUACUUUUCAACGUGCAUGUGUCUCAGUGACAAGAACGAGUAUCCAACUUUUUAUCGAACUAUCCCAAGUGACGAACAUCAGUCUAAAGCGCUGGGGCAUCUCGUUCAGAAGUUUGGAUGGACAUGGAUUGGAACCAUUAACAGCGACGAUGACUAUGGCAACUCCGGAGUAAGGGCCUUUAUAGAAACUGUUGUGGAUUCCGGUGUUUGCAUUGCCUUCUCGGAAUCAUUUCACAGAACGGACCCCGCAGAGAAGAUCACUAGGAUAGUGCAAGUGAUGAAAGAGACGACCACAAAAGUCGUGGUAGCCUUUGCUGGACCUGGCGAAAUGCGCCUUUUAUUUCAGGAGGUUAUACGGCAAAACGUCAGCGGUGUGCAGUGGGUGGGCAGUGAAGCGUGGAUUACAGCGGACAUCGCUGGUGAAGAUCGAGACCGGCUUUUCCUUAAUGGGACAAUUGGAACUACGGUGCGCGCGGUGGAAGUUCCAGAGUUGCGGGACUUCCUACUCAAAGUCCACCCUUCCGGUUUUCCUGGUAAUCCAUUAUGUAGCGGAAAUGAGAGUUUACAUCAAAUCAGAAACACAUACACUGACUUGACCAUGGACGGGAACUCUUACAAUGUAUAUAAAUCGGUCUACGCUUUUGCUCAUGCGCUUCACGAUAUGUUUUCAUGUGAAAGUGGCAAAGGACCAUUCGCGAACAACGCAUGUGCACGUCUUUCAACCUUUCAACCAUGGCAGCUCCACCAUUACGUGACAUCAAUUUACUUCAGAACAAAAGUCGGGGAAAAGGUCUAUUUUGACCAUAAAGGCAAUCCAGCAGCCGCGUAUGACUUUGUAAAUUGGCAAAUGAAUGCGAAGGGUGCAACUAAAUUUCGGAGAGUUGGACAUUACAACGGAUCAGCGCCUCCGGGUAAAGAAGUUGUGCUGAACGCACAUCAGAUUUUCUGGAAUGGUGGUAAACGUGAGAUUCCCCGAGCAGUCUGUUCUGAAAGAUGUCCGCCUGGAACAAGAAAAACCGCCAGGCAAGGACAACCAAUCUGUUGUUUUGAUUGCACGCCCUGUGCGGAAGGAGAAAUUAAUAACAGCACAGACUCUACAGACUGCAUCAAGUGUCCUCGCCUGUUCUGGUCCAACGAUCAAAAAAAUAAAUGCAUCCCAAAGAAAACGGAGUUUCUGGCUUUUACCGAUAUCCUGGGUACGGUGCUGGUAGUUCUUGCUCUGCUUGGAGUGUGCAUGUCUGCACUGGCAGCAGUUCUCUUCUUUAAACAUCGAGAGACCCCCUUGGUUAAAGCGAAUAAUUCCGAGCUGAGCUUCCUCCUUUUAUUUGCGUUAAGCUGCUGUUUCUUGUGCUCGGUCUCAUUCAUUGGCAAACCGGCAGACUGGUCCUGUAUGUUACGCCGCACGGCGUUUGGCGUCUCGUUUGUCCUAUGUAUCUCGUGUGUUCUGGUCAAAACCAUUCUGGUGCUGACGGCAUUUAAGGCAACGCAUCCCAGCAGUAACAGGAUGAAAUGGUUUGGUCAAAGACAGCAGAGGUUAAGUGUCUUCCUCCUGUCGUCCGUGCAGGGUUUAAUAUGUGUGCUUUGGCUGCUCACUGAGCCCCCUUACCCUGUGAUCAACACUAAAUAUUACCGGGAAACGAUAAUUUUAGAAUGUGAUACAGGAUCUUCUGCAGCUUUCUACUCGGCGUCAGGUUAUAUCGCCGUGUUAUCGUGCAUUUGCUUUGUCUUGGCCUUUCUCGCACGGAAAUUGCCAGAUAACUUUAACGAGGCAAAAUGUAUAACGUUCAGCAUGCUCAUCUUUUGUGCUGUUUGGGUCACUUUUAUUCCGGCCUCUGUGAGCUCUCCUGGGAAAUACACGGUGGCGGUUGAAGUGUUUGCCAUCCUGACGUCCAGUUUUGGUUUGCUGCUUUGCAUUUUUGCUCCGAAGUGUUUUAUUAUCGUAAUCACUCCGGAGAAAAAUACAAAGAAGCACAUUAUGGGUAAAACAACAUGUACUGUUUGGCUUUCAUCAACUUUCCUGGACCUUGUCACCUUUCCUACCCGUGUCAUUGGGACCGACACGGAUCAAGAUACCUGGCUGCUCACCAUCCCACUUAAGAAUACUAUGGCUCCGAACCGAGCCGUUUCUUACCUUGGCAUCCGGAAAGCAACGGACAAUCUGGGCAUCUUGAUUCCGUCUACGGCACCUCCUUUCUGUUUUACUAACUGUUAA